AUGCGCGGUCACAUCGCCAUUUCGCAGAUCGUCAACAUGGCGGAGAGCGCGACUUUGGACGGCAAGCAAGCGACGGCGCCAGCUCAAGGCACGGCGCCUCCCGGCAGCGCGCCACCUCCGACACAGCAGCGCACCGGCGACGCCCCUGCGAGCACCGCACCAGCAGGCGGCGGCAGCGGCCAGGCGGGUAACUCAGCGUCCGGCGACACUUCGACGGGCAGCACCAAGACGGGCGUGACCAAGCGCGUCUCCUUCUCCAGCGCCACCGGCAAGACCUCCGACACGGACAUGCGCGAGGCCGAUGGCAACGCCUCGACUGACGCUGCAACCCAGGAAACUGGUGACGCGAACUCAGAGUCCAAGGCUCCAGACGCUGGCGGCGUGGCUCCGGACGUGGACAUGGAGGGCGCCCCUGAGUUCAAGUUACCACGACACGCGACGCUAGAGGACGUCAGGGGACUCAUCUUCGCAGGCAUGCUUCGGCAGGAGGAGGUCGAUCCCCCUGACUUCCUGGUACCUGAACGCCCCCCCGCACUGGAAACUGCCGGCUCCGCCGAAUCUCAAGACCAACGCGUGGUCCCAGGAAUCGUGAACGACAUUCGCGCGGGCGCGUUCGCCAUGGAAGGCUACGGCGGUGCAACCUCGUUGGUCGGCUUCGAGGAGCUCUCCGACGAGGAUCUUCAGGGGUUGAAGGAAGUCUAUGGCGCCGACGCUGGGAUCGAUGUCCUAUGUCCACGUUGUUCGCCUCUUUCAGCGUUCGAACUGGACAAUACCCUGAAUUCCAUCGGUAUUCGACGCGAGAUGGCCUCACUCCUGCGUCACUUCAACAGCACAAGGCUCGCUGAGCGCGUGUUCAAGAUGACCGGUUACCUGCGUCGAGUGCUCGGGGCCUACCGAAACAUGCGUUCUCUGGCUGACUCUCAGCAGGGUUUCACCGCCACUCAGGAAGUAGUCGACACGCGACGCAAGUACAAGGAACUGAAGCGCGCCUGGAAAUUCACGUGCGACUACUGGUUCCUGGAGGUCCAAGAGGCCCUGGGCAAGGUGGAUGACGCUGAGUCCAAGUACGAAGUCGCGCUGGGCGAGCAGAAGACGCGGUAUCAAGACGAGAUUGAUUCUCUGGAGUCCGAGAAGGCGCAACUCAAGGCGCGCCUUGCCGACUCUGAGGCACAAGUGCGAAUCCUGAAAUCGCGUCUUGAGUCAGCCACCGUGGACCCCUGGAAGUUCUCCGAUUUCCUUCAAGAGCACACAGACUUCACGGGUAAUUGGGAGCGCCUCCACGACCUCUUCAAGCUCUGCAUCAAGGACUCGAAACCUCCCGAAUCCUGGGACACUGUCAUCAACGUCACGGCCAUGGACAAGCGCAAGGCUGCCGUGGCCCCGUACCCAGAGAAAAGUACAUGUAUGCCUCCGUCUUCGGGGUCUGGAUCGUCCGGUCGUCCUGAAAUUCUGGAUCUCACGGAUUCUGGCAGCAAGCCUCGCAGCGGUUCGAAGACUGGGGGCAAAACUCAGGAUUCCAAGAAAUCUCAGGGUUCCAAGAAAGAUCAAGACCCCAGAAAAUCACGGGAUUCCAAGGCGCCGGGCGAGUCGCCACGGCAGUCAGCGCACCCUAAGCCUCACAAAGUUCAACGUCGCCCCAAGGAUCACCAACCAGGCCGCGACUCUGUGCGUCGCGCCAGCGAGAAGACUGUUGUGUCCAAGGCGGCCGUACACACGAUGCUCCCGGGGGGUGUCGUCUGGAAGGAAGUUCGGCCAGACGUGCGUCAGGCCAUUCUUGCUGGGCUCAAGUACGACACAGCCAUGGAGUGGAUUGGCAGCGACCGGGCGGCUCACGGGCACUUCAGGCAGCCGCAGCUGAUCAAGAUGCUCGUGAGCAUGAUGUACUGGCGUCGUCUUGACCUGACUCUCUGGAGCAAGUACGUCCCUGAAGCCUACUACGAAAUGGCAGACGAGCGUCUGGACAGGUGCCUUCGACGCGGUGAUGACGCCGAUUCCACGGUGGACGACAUCGAGAACGACCUGGACUACCAGCCUCCCGCCCAGGAACCUGAGGAGAGCGCUUCUAGUAAUAGCUCUGAAGAGGAGGAGGAGGAGGCCGUCCCUGAAACGCUGGAGGACAUCGAGGACGCAGAGGACGACGACGACGCAGAGGACGACAAUGGGGUAGAAGAACCCCUGGAAGUCAAGCCUUCUGCUAAGCGCCCCCGUUCUGAGUCAAGCAAGAAACCUCAGAGUUCCAACUCGAAGUCGAAGAAGAAACGUCGCACGGGAAACAAGACAGACACUUCUGCCACUCAGGGUUCUAGUGGUACUCAGGGGUCCAAGGCUACAUCACGCCCCAAGCAUCCGUCGGCGCUCGCGCGGAAAUCGUACUCGGAGCUCACUUCAAGUAAGUUGAUGACGGCCGACGACCCUGAGGACAACGAGACCUCCUGGCGCAUCUAUGGGGUUCUUGUUCAAUAUCCAAGUUCGACCAAGAGUGCGUCUUGCGAGACUCCCGGGUUCCCAGAGUACGAGAUCCACAAGUAUUCGUACGACGUUGCUCACGAGCGCUGGGACCGUGAGGCAUACCAAGAAGUCCUGGAUUCUGAACCCUGGGAGACUAUGCUUCAGGGUCGCUUCCGAGUGUUCUACUUCCAUGAGCGAGAGCUACUCUCCGCGAAAGAGCUCAAGCUGAUGGAGGACGUCGUGGACGUCAUGCACAAGCACGCACAGGCAAUCUGGGAGCGCGGGCACUGGCGGAAGUCGCGUCGAAACGCGCUACGCAGAGCGUACAAGACGCUCGUCGAGCGCUCGCGAAACACCCCUGGGUUCAUCCCGUCGUUGUGGCACGAACCGGGUCUCUGGAAGUUCCCGGACAAGUGCUGCUACUGGAUUUGGGAGGAUCCCAGGGCCAAGAAACUCGGGGGAGCUAAGUGCAAGGACUUAGACGUCCAGCUAGCGACGUUGGACAUUCGUGAGCCUGCUCGAGUCCAAUGGAACGCGGCGGCUGACGACGAUGAGUGGCUACAAUACGUGCCGAACAUCAUCAAGCGCCACAUCAAGCCCCUGGCCAUCCGCAAGCUCAACCCGCUGUCUCUCAAGCACUCGUGA